GCAAUAACAAAACCCUCGCCAACCUUGGCUACCGCCGCAUGCCUGCUUUACUCUUCCCUCAUUGUUGGAGAUGUUGGUCUCUCGUAAUAUUUCUCUUUGCGUUUGAACGAAGCACAGAGGACAGACAGGUCGUCCCCUAUCAGAGCAAGCAUUUCUUCCUGCUGUUCGCCACUGUAUUUCUGUAAUCUGCUGAAGAGAAAAGGCACUACUGACUUUUUUUUACUUGGAAGUUCACUUUACGUCUAUAUUAAUACUCUUGCAGUCAUUUGGAGUGACAGAGAAGAUGCUCGAGGUCGAUGACAGAAAGGCUCGAGGCCAUCAGCGUAGUCCAUCAGAUACACAAGCUUUCAAAGAGAAAACAAAACGUGAUGCGCUCAUACAUCUUGACACUGAGCUAAGCAAGAUCGGGGGUACGGAUCCUACGUCUGAACUGGAAGCAACUCUUAAUGGCUUCAAACGAUUGUUUGAAAGGUUCCUCGAGGAGGGUGGCGCUCCCCUCGAUUGGGAUCAAAUUCAAAAGCUUCCUGAUGGCGCAAUCAAAGACUAUGAGGAACUCUCAGAUCCCAGUUCGGAAGAAAUAAAACAGCUGUUGAGUAAAUUAGUUGUGAUUAAGUUAAAUGGUGGUCUUGGAACUAGUAUGGGUUGCCACGGUCCGAAGUCCGUCAUUACCGUUCGUAAUGGGCUAACAUUUUUGGACUUGACUGUACAGCAAAUAGAGAAUUUAAAUAAAACUUACGGUUCGAAUGUGCCUUUAGUUUUAAUGAAUUCAUUCAAUACUGAUGACGAUACGCAAAGAGUCAUCAGAAAGUACAAAGGAAUCGACAUUGAGAUCCACACUUUCAACCAAAGCUGUUAUCCUCGCAUUAACAAGGAAUCUCUGUUGCCGAUUGCCAAACAUGGUAACGUGCAUGAAGACAUUGAAUCGUGGUAUCCUCCAGGACACGGUGACUUUUAUGAAAGUUUUAAAAACUCUGGCCUGUUGAAACUUUUAAUAAGUCAAGGACGUCAAUAUUGUUUUAUUUCUAAUAUUGAUAACCUUGGUGCCACAGUAGAUUUCCAAAUUUUGAGAUUUUUAUUAGGUCCAGAGAAAUGUGGGGAAAUAGAAUUUUUGAUGGAAGUCACUGAUAAAACAAGAGCAGACGUUAAAGGUGGUACCCUUAUUCAGUAUGAAAAUAAGCUGCGAUUGCUGGAGAUCGCACAAGUUCCCAAAGAACAUGCUGAAGAUUUCAAAUCUGUCAAAACAUUUAAAUACUUUAAUACUAAUAAUUUAUGGAUUAAACUUGAAGCCAUCAAUAGAGUUUUAAGUCAAUCCAAACUUGACCUGGAAAUCAUCAUUAACAACAAAACAUUCGAAAAUGGCUUAAACAUUAUUCAGCUUGAAACUGCUGUAGGUGCAGCUAUGAAGUGUUUUAAUGGCAGCUGUGGCAUUCACGUACCACGCAGUCGCUUUUUACCCGUAAAGAAGACAUCCGACUUGAUGCUCGUUAUGAGUAAUUUGUACACAUUACGUAAUGGUUCCUUAGUCAUGUCUCCACGUCGUAUGUUUCCAACCACGCCAUUAGUCAAGCUUGGAGAUCAUCACUUUUCAAAAGUAAAGGAGUUCUUAGAAAGAUUUCCAACGAUUCCCGACAUUUUGGAACUGGACCAUUUAACAGUUUCUGGUGACGUGACAUUUGGAAAAAACGUGACUUUAAAAGGAACUGUGAUUAUUAUUGCCAAUCAAGGAGAAAGGAUAGAUCUCCCGUCGGGCACAAUUUUAGAAAACAAAAUAGUUUCUGGAAACUUGCGGAUUUUAAGUCAUUAACUUUAAUAUAUUCGAGAAUUUUCGUUUUACAGCAUUAGACAUUAAUAAGUGAGGUAAAACGAAUAAAAAUCACAUUGUUACAUAUAGACCAGGAGACUUAUUUCUGCGAUGAUAUUAUUUGUGAAUUUAGUUUUUAAAAAAUAAGCAAUGUUUAUAGUUUUUAAGGUUUUAUUAGCUUAUUUAAUUCAUAGAUAUUUUGGCAUGUCGUGAAUAUAUUGAGAUUCGUAAUCCGAUAAAAUUUGGAUCUCAAUUAAUGAUUUUUUUUGCGCAUUGCUUAUGCUCCGAAUAUUUCUUCCAUGUUAUUUUCCGAUAUUUUACUUUAAAUCACACUGAACAGCUGAUUUUUAUUUCUACAUUACAUAUGUGUUAAAAAUUUGUUGAUUUGUAAACAAAAAUGUGAAUAAUUCUUCGAACCUACUUUAAACUUCCGUGAGUAAGCGACAGUCAUUAUUAUUUAUGUUAUUAUAUUUUUUUUUAAUGAACUAGUUAUUUCGCUUACUUUUCUGUUAAUUUUAAUUCAAUUUUCUAUAAUCUUUAUCACCACGUGUAUGAGAAAAUAUAAAUACAUCGAUUUUGCGACCAAAGUGUUUAUGACAAAUGCUGUAAUGAUUGUAAUAUAUAUGCAGUUUCAAAUCAAUGGAGGAAGAAAACCUCAGUUUUUUUAUAUCAGAGAUUUACACUAUAUAGAAAUCUAAAUACUAUUUAAUUAUGCAAGAAAGGUGAUAUAUGUAAAUAUUGAAGGGAGUCUAUUAAUAUGCCAUAUGUGAGGUCCAAAUAUCAAUAAAAAUUAUGUAUAAAAAGUAAAACUAAGUGUUACAAAAUAUUUUUUUUUGUAAUUUUCUUAAGUUUUAACAUUGUCAUCUAAAUGGUAAAUGAAGAUAAAAAAUUAUAAUAAAUAUAGUAAGUCCAUAAUGUGUGUAUACAAAGUUUUUUAGUGCAACUAGAAACGAGUUUUUGGAAAAACUGGUUCAAAAACUGUUUACCUUAAUAACUUGGUGUCAUGGAUGAAAAUUGUGUUAUUAAGCUGAUGAAUUACCACUAGUUCUUCCAAUAUAGUUGUCCAAUAUAGUCCUAAUAAAUUGAUACAAUGUUAAUCAA